CUCAGCCUGACAGCGGCGGCAUCGACGCGCAAACGUUUCCAUCAUCGACGUCAUUAUUUUGGCCAAACGCGACAUAGUCUCGAGCUGGCCCAGGAAUCCGGCACAAAUUCCAAUCUCAAUCCGAAUGCCGAUAUCAGCAGCAGCAGCAGCAAGUCGCCAGCGACGCCCGAGCAAGUUCAAAAUGAAAAUACCAGCUGUUUAACGCCAACAGAAUUGUUGCAGCGUUUAAGCUCAACAGCAGAAACCUCCACCACCACCAAGAACAUUAACAGAACACCAACACCCGCACCCACACCCCCCGCAACAGCUACAAAAGACUGCGACGAGAAUUCGUUAACAGUAGAGGAAGAGGAGGCAGAAGCAACAACAACAACAACAACAGCAACAGCAACAACAACAAUAAGAACAAGCAGCAUACCAAAAGAAAACGAACACAGCCCAAAGCAGCAGCCACCGCCGUCGCCAGCGACUGCGCCGCACGCCAACAGCGACGCCGAAGAGGAAGCUGACGCUGACGCUGACGCCGACGUUGACGUUGACGUUGGCCUUGAGGCGCCAAAGCCGCGUUAUUACGGCGCAGGCGUUGUUCUAACGCAGGCGCAGCGCAAGGAAUAUCCGCUCGAGCGCAACAUCAAAGAUAAGACGCAACACGUUAACAUAGACGUAAGCGGCAGCAAUAACGAGAGCAGCAGCUGCAGCAGCAGCGACGCUGACGCUGACGCUGACGCCGACUCCGACAACGACGACGACGACUCCGACGACGGCUGCAAAUUGAUUGUUGACGAAAAACCGUUGCUGCCCGUCGAUCAGCCGCUGUCGCUGCGCAUGCGCAGCACACCGCCCAGCGCCGAGCAGAGACCGAGUCCGCCGCCGCCGCGUGUACCCGCCGUACGCUGCAGCGUUAUACAGCGCGCACCGCAGGCGCCCGCACAGGAGCAGCAGCGCGAGAGCAGCGAACUGUUAUACCAGCAACAGCUGCAGCAGCAACAGCAGCAGCGCGAACGCCAACUGUUAUACCAGCGCACACUCGACCUCGAACAGCUGGGACCCGAGCAACAGGAGCCGAUCGAUUAUCACGUGCCGAAGCGACGCAGCGCCAGCUACGACAGCGACGAGGAGCUAAACGCACGACGCCUGCAGCGCGAGCGACGCGUGCGCGAGGCGCGUCGACGCAGCAGCUAUUUGGCAGCGCGCGUGCUGCAGCUUAAUCCGCGCCUGGUGCGCAGUCUGCCCGGCAUAUUGGCAGCGGCCGCUGGACACGGACGCAGCAGCAGCAGCAAUUCCGGUCAAGGUUUUCAGACGGGCAACAGUUUCGGCAACGGCGGCAGCGGCAGCGGCAGCGGCGGCGGCAGCAAUCAGAACGCCGGCAGCGCUGGUACACACGGCGGCAGCAGCGGCAGCGGCGGCAGCAGCAGCUUUGGCAGCGGCGCCGGCGGCGGUGGCAUGGGCGGCGGCCGUGACGGACGCGGCAAUUACGGACCAAAUUCACCGCCCAGCGGCGCAUUGCCGCCCUUCUACGAGAGCCUCAAGAGCGGCCAAACCGGUGAUUCUCAAGCGACCACGCCCACAACGGGCGCACAUCACGGCCAGCUGCUGCACAGCAAUUCACAGUUUCUUAUACAGAACGCGGCGGCAGCGGCAUAUCUAAUGUCCGGACAGCAGUAUAACUGUAAUGGAGCAGCUGGCGUGGGAGCUGGUAUUAACGGAGCAAUAGGAGGAGUUGUAGCAGGAGGAGGUGUGGUAGGAGGAGGUGUGGGAGGAGGAGGAGGAGUUGGUGGUGGAUCUGCUGUUGGCCUCGACGCCUAUGGCAUCAUCUUGAAAGAUGAGCCCGAUAUUGAGUAUGAUGAGGCCAAGAUCGAUAUUGGCACAUUUGCCCAGAAUAUUAUUCAGGCAACGAUGGGUCAUGUUGGCACAUUCUCUGCCAGCGCCUAUGAGGACGCAAUCAUGUCCGAUCUGGCUGCCAGCAGCGCAGCGCAGUGCACAAAUGGCGGCGUUGAUCCUCUGCAGUUUACGGCAACAUUAAUGCUCAGCUCGCAGACGGAUCAUCUGCUGGAACAGCUGUCGGACGCCGUGGAUCUCAGUUCGUUUCUGCAGCGCAGCUGCGUCGAUGUUGAUGACGAGGACGAGCACUCGACCAACAAUAACAGUCCGGCACAUCAGCGACAGGACUUUGAGCUGGUGUCGACGCCAUCGCUGACGCCGGACUCGGACGCGGUGUCGGUGACGCCGCAUGCGGCAGCGCAGCUGGAUGCGCUGCACGAGAAUCUGUUGACGCAGCUGACCAACAAUAUGGCGCGCAGCAGCAGCAACAGCAGCAACAACAACAACAACAACAACAACAUUGUUUAUGGCGCAACGCCACAACAUGUUGCUAAUACACAGCAGCAUCUGCAGCAACAUGUUGUCAAUGCGCAGCAGCAGCAGCAGCAACACUUGCAGCAGCCGCCGCCCUCGUAUCAGCACGCCACGCGCAACUUGCUGCAAAUGCAGCAGCAACACAACAGCAACAACAACAAUAGCAACAACAGCUACCAUCAGCAGCAGCUGGCACAGCAGCAACAGCAAUUGCUGCAGCAGCAACAUCACACGCAUCAUCAACAGCAACAACAACAACAGCAGCAGCAACAGCAACAGCAGCAGCAGCAGCAACAACAACAUUUCCAUCAGCAACAUAAUAUCUAUGCACAGCAGCAACAUCAUGCACAACAGCAACAACAGCAGCAACAUCAUUUCCAUCAGCAACAGCAGCAACAUCAUGCGCAUCACGCACAACAACAUGCACAUCAGCAACACCAGCAACAUCAGCAGCAACACCAACAGCAGCAGCAGCAACACCAGCAGCAUCAGCAGCAACAUCAUCAUCACAACGACAACAGCAACUUGUCGCUGCCAUCGCCAACAACAGCUGCUGCUGCCGCUGCCGCAGCGGCCGCCGCUGUCGCCGCAUUGCGACCCAUGAGCAGCAGCAGCAGCAGCAGCUCAAAUCUGCUCGAUGCGAACACGGCAGCGGCUGCUGCUGCCGCUCUGCUCGACACGAAGCCGCUGAUACAAAGCGUAAGUGCACCAAAUAUACUAAAGCCCAUCAAAUGCAGCGGCGAGCCGCCAGCUGAGCUGGUGGACACAGCGCCGCUCACCUAUCUGCUGCUCAACAGCAGCAACAGCAAUUGCAACAGCAACAGCAACAGCAGCAAUUGUAGUCACAUUAACAGCAAUAGCAAGCAUAACAUUAACAGCAGCUGUAAACAUAACAUUAACAGCAGCGACAGCAGCAACAACAACAAGAAAAACAGCAACAACAAGAACAGCAACAGCAACAGCAACAGCAACGGCACUAAGCUGGGCGGACGCGCCAAGGCCAAGGCCUAUGGCUCCACUGUGGUCACAUUUGUCUCGACGGUGAAGCCAUCGCCGGAGGUGCCCGCCCAGCGACACGUACAUCGCACCACGUUGCGCUCGCUGGCCUGUGCGGCGGCUGCGACGGCAGCGGGCCUGUUGCCGCCAUCUCCGACCAUUUCGGUGCUCAAUGAGAGCAAAAUGCUACAGCGGCGGCUGGGCCUGCCGCCGGACUUGCAGCUGGAGUUCGUGAACGGGGGGCAUGGCAUCAAGAAUCCGUUGGCCGUGGAGAAUACGCACGGAGGCCAUCAUCACCACCGCAUACGCAACAUGGAUUGCAUCGAUGAUCUCAAGCAUGGCCAUCCGUCACAGCAGCAGCAGCAGCAGCAACAGUUGCAACAGCAGCAGCAACAGUUGCAGCAGCACUCGCCGCAGCUGCAGCAGCAGCAUUCACCGCAGCAACAGUCGCUGCAGCAGGCGCAACACUUGUCGCUCAGCCAACAGCACAACGGUGUCGGCGGCGGGGGCAGCAACAGCUUGGCCAGCAUUGGCAACAAUCGCAACAGCAGCAGCAGCGUCAGCAGCAACAGCAGCAAUCAAGGCGAUUCGCUGUGCCCCAGCAACAACAGCGGCGCGGAGGAUGCCAACAACAAGUUCGUUUGCCGCGUCUGCAUGAAGACGUUCUCGCUGCAGCGUCUGCUCAAUCGGCACAUGAAGUGCCAUUCGGAUAUCAAGCGCUAUUUGUGCACCUUCUGUGGCAAGGGCUUCAACGACACCUUCGAUCUGAAGCGUCAUACGCGCACCCACACGGGCGUUCGCCCCUACAAGUGCAACCUGUGCGAGAAGAGCUUCACGCAGCGCUGCUCGCUCGAAUCGCAUUGCCAGAAGGUGCACAGUGUCCAGCAUCAGUAUGCCUACAAGGAGCGACGCGCCAAGAUGUACGUGUGCGAGGAGUGCGGCCACACCACCUGCGAACCGGAGGUACACUAUCUGCAUCUGAAGGACAAUCAUCCGUUCUCGCCGGCCCUGCUGAAGUUCUACGACAAGCGUCACUUCAAGUUCACCAAUUCGCAGUUUGCGAACAAUUUGCUCGGUCAGCUGCCGAUGCCGGUGCAUAAUUAAAACUGGAAACUAGCUAUAGCAAAGCCUUAGAUUAAGCCUAAACAAACUAACUAAACUUAAACUAAAUGAAACUAACUGAAUUAAUGUAAAGUUAAUGCAAAUUCAACUCUAAGCUGAAGUUUUAUGAAAACUGCCCCCACGAAAAUGGCGAGAUUAUGUUUUGUACAUGUAUAAUCAUAUCGGAUAUCAUAGUUAUAUCACACACAGAUAUAUCCAUCU